AGACCCCAGUGUUGGGUCUUAGCUCUCCGUUUCACAGAGGCUUGGUUGAUACAGCUCGAGCCUCUCACCGCCUACACAAUCUCGACUUAAUUCAGCAUUUUGUGAGCAUUGUGAGCCGAUCUGCUCCGCUUAUCUGACGAUAGCCCCUCAUGACUGAAGCUUUCCCCGGUGCCCUGGUAGGGCCAUCAUCCAAGGAAAGGAAAUAUGACCGGCAGCUGCGGCUGUGGGCUGCAAGUGGCCAACAAGCGCUCGAGGAAGCACGUGUACUUCUAGUCAACUCCGAUGGCCCAUGGGGUAAACAGAGCACCGGCGUCUCCGGGGUAGUUGGAGUGGAGACCCUCAAGAACCUCGUGCUUCCUGGCAUUGGCGGUUUUACCAUCGUGGACCCUGCGGUGGUAACGGAGCCUGACCUUGGGGUCAACUUCUUCCUCGAGGAGGACAGUCUAGGGAAGUCUCGAGCCCAGGAGACUUGUCGCUUGCUGAAAGAACUAAACCCCGACGUAGAAGGAAACUUUGAAUCCAAGCCGGUCACCGAGCUUCUGCAAGACCCUGAAUUUCUACCACAAUUCAAACUAGUACUGGUCUCAGGUCCGGCAAACAAGUCGACUCUGAUCACUCUCAGCAGUGCUGCCAAAGCUCUUGGCAUCCCCGUCCUGUAUACGCGCUCAGUGGGUUUCUACUCCACCUUUUCUCUUCAGCUUCCAGCUGUUUUCCCCAUAGUAGAGACACAUCCGGACCCCGAAAGCACGCAGGAUCUACGCUUGCUCAACCCCUGGCCGGAACUGGCAGCUACUCUGGCUAGCAUUAGCAACCUGGAGACUCUGGACGAUCAUCAACAUGGUCAUGUACCUUACAUCUUACUCUUGCUUCACUAUCUGGAAAAGUGGAAGGAGACCCACGACGGAAAUGUCCCCUCCAACUACAAAGAGAAAACCGCAUUCAGAGAUCUAGUGCGGUCUGGUGCCCGAACGGCCAAUCCUGAAGGUGGCGAGGAGAAUUAUGAUGAGGCCGUGGCCGCAGUCCUAAAAUCACUGAACCCUUUCACUUUGCGGAGUUCAAUCCGCGAGAUCUUCGAGAUGGAGGAGUGCAACAAUCUGACCUCGGAUUCGGCAGAUUUCUGGCUCAUCGCAUCAGCUAUCCGUGAAUUCUACACGAAACACAAUGUUCUUCCGCUGCCAGGCUCGUUGCCUGACAUGAAAGCACAGUCAGCCGACUACGUGUCGCUGCAGAACAUUUACAAGUCUAAGGCACGAAAAGAUAUGGCAGAGGUCGUUGGAGUCGUCCGGAGGCUUGAAGCAGAACUCAGCCCCCGACCCGCGCAGAUUGCGGACAAGGAUAUUGAAGUCUUCUGUAAAAAUGCGGCUCACAUCAAGGCCAUUCAUGGUCGUGACCUUCCUCAAUUGAACGGUGAGAAGUAUACUGUGAAAGCCAUCAAGAAUGCUCUGGGUGACCCUGAGUCACUGGUCUCUGCUUUUCUCGGCUUCGAAAUUCUUGAUAGUAUAAUCACCGAUAUACAGAGCGGCAAGCAAGACGAGGCAGCGUUGGAUUCCGCCCUCGCGUGGGAGGCAGGAGUGGAUCGGGUGAUUCAGUCCCUUACGUCGGAGGCCUCGGCAGCCAUCAACGAGGAUGCCAAAGAGCAAAUUAUUCAGAGAACUCAGGAGCUUCGGCGGACGCAUGGCGGGGAAUUGCACAAUGUGUCUGCCCUCACAGGAGGGCUAGUCGCACAGGAGGCCCUCAAGGUUAUAACCAGGCAGUAUGUUCCCUUAGACAACACCUGCGUAUUUGAUGGGAUUAAAAGCCGCAGCGAGAUGUAUAGACUCUGAACACCCCUUGUCAACCCUUGACAAGAGUCAAUGCUAUGGAAUGAGACCACGAAUAGCCUUUUAUCCUGUCAUUUACCGGCGCGGCCGCGCGUAUAAGAUGUCCAGAGCAUAAGCCAGCGAGUCGGCCAAGUCGGCCAAGGCCAGCUCACUUCAACAUGUCGACUCCGUAGUGGUGGAAGGAGCCGGACGAAUCCUGAUUAUUAUACCUCAAACAUUCCUCCACGACUCCAGGCACAAAGGCCGAGCCUCGCGGAUUCCCGCCAUCAUAUUAUCAGCUCUCCCCCUUGCAGACACUCCUUGAUUGAUCAACAUGAGACCUGUAUCUCCGUACAUCCACUUUAGAUUCUCUUUU